AUGGAGGAAGAAAUUGGCAGAGAAUUGAGUCAGUCGGAGGACGAGUCGAAGUUGGAGAGGAGGACGUCUCAUACCCACCGUUCGUCAAAAGGAUCCUACAGGAACAUCAAAAGUCACGUUAGAUCGCAGCUACUCCACCUAGGGAAGCGCCUCAUCGCUGAGAACACCGUAGACAGCCACAAUGAAGCGCUCAAAAUCGCGUCGAUAUUCCUAGAAAGCAUCCCUCCCCGAGGCUACGUGCCCGAAGACCUCUUCACGUUCAUAGUCUCGAUCUUCCACAUACACUACCAAGACGAAUCGUGCGCUCGUUUGUUCACAAAAUUCCUGUCCAUGGCCGCAGCUACAACCCCAAAUCUGAGACCCCUGGUUUUGGAGCAUUCUGUUCGGUUUCUGGCAUCACGGGGUGACUAUGACGGAGUUUUGGAGGAGAUACAGAGGAGAUGUUCGGAAUGGAAUUUGGAAAAGCACGAAAUCGCAAAACACUAUAGAUGGGUCGCCAAGAAUAUCGAUUCCUUCAGGGACUUUGAGCCGGAAAACACUUCACAGGAGUUCAAGAUAGAGUUGGAAGAUGUCCUGGUAACAUAUUUGAAGCACAGGAGACUCCCGAAUUUCGUCCUGCUGGCCAUUUACACAGAGAUUUAUGGAAGCGAUGGGCUGAGGCUCAUUAACGAAUACAUUCAAGAGUUCCCCAAAAUAUUCUACCUGAGAAUAAAUCGCAUUUUCUUGCACAUUCAACACGAAUCUUUAAUUCCCCCAAAUGUUUUGGAAGACGAUAUUUUAAAACUCGUUCCACUUUCAAGCUACUCGUUGGCAAGUUUUGACUUUUUAUGGUGUCUAAAGUCGCACGUUGGAACCGAGAAUCUCAUUUGCACUCUCUUUGACGCAAUGGUGGCAGUUCCGCAUCUUAAAAGGGUCUGGGAGCUCUUUUUUACCGCGCUGGUUGAAGGUGUACAGACCAAAGGAUGGGAUGAGGUCGAGAAAAUUAUAGAGACUAUACUGGCAGGCUCCACCGCAAGAAUUUACAACAAUUUCACCCCGAUGGGAUGCAUACUAGCAAAGAUACCAAAGGACUGCACCCUGUACUAUUUGGCAACAGCACCCUUUAUUCUCAAGAACAUGGAGAGAUUCAAGGAACUCGUAAACGUUGUUGAAAUGUAA